AUGGCGAGCUAUCUGCAAAAACCUCCAAAUUAUGUCUUAGCAUGCAUAUUAUGCUCUGCAAAUGGCCUUCUAUUCGGCAUGGACACGGGUGUUAUAGGCCCUGUGACCGAUAUGAAAGACUUCAAAGCUGUUUUCGGUGGAAGUCAGAACUCGACUAUCCAUGGAUUGAUCGUCUCUAGUAUAUUAAUCCCCGCUGCUCUAUCUUCGCUUUUUGCGGGACAUCUAGCCGAUCGUCUCGGCCGUGCCAUGGGGAUUAGUAUCGGGUGUUUCAUCUUUGCCGUUGGGGCAGCUAUAGAAGCGGCCGCAAUCUCGCUCGGAAUGUUUAUCGCGGGUCGUGUCAUCGAGGGACUAGGAGAGGGUCUGUUUCUGGGGAAUUUGGUUGUUUACAUUUGCGAGAUCUCGCCUACUAAACACCGCGGUCCUUUGACGACUGGUCCGCAGCUGGUUAUCACGGCCGGCCUUUUUUUGGGAUACUUUACUUGUUAUGGAUCCUCGAAGCAUAUCCACUCGUCCCUUUCUUGGCGUACACCUUUUAUUCUCCUCUCGUCUCUUGCGAUGAUCCUGUCUGCUGCGUCUCUGCUUCUUCUCCCCCCGUCGCCUCGAUGGUUGGCGAUGAAGGGUCGGUAUGCAGAAGCGAAUGCCACGUGGAAUAAGCUGGGGGUGGAUUAUACCGAGCACGAAAAGGUCGAUGUGCAACAAGAUGCACUCUCGAAACAGAGCAGUAUGGAGAAGAUGCUCGAUAUUUUCUCUAAGGAUGUUCGAUCCCGCACAAUCCUGGCGGUUUUCAUGAUGGCCGCGCAGCAACUGGGCGGGAUCGAUGGUGUGCUUUACUACGCGCCACUAUUAUUCCAGCAGGCUGGUCUCACAUCUUCCGAUGCAAGCUUCUUCGCCUCGGGUAUAUCCGCUCUAGUGAUUUUCGUUGCAACAAUUCCUGGAUUACUGUACGCCGAUAAAUGGGGCCGAAAAACAAGUAUCGUCUACGGUGGAAUCGGACUUGCAGUCACAAUGUUCGUCAUUGGAUCUCUCUAUGCGGGAGGCGCGGUCCACACCACUACUGGCGCUGGUCGCUGGGUCGUUAUUGUCUUCAUAUAUUUGUUUGCAGUGAUAUUCUCCAUGACCUGGGCAGUCAGCGUGAAGGUCUUCGCGGCGGAGGUGAAUCCGCAGCGAUGCCGUGCGGCAACGGCUACUCUGGCUCAUAGCUCUAACUGGUUGGCUAACUUUGUUGUUGCCCUGGUCACGCCGAUUUUGCUCUCAAAAAGUAGUUAUGGUGCCUACUUCUUGUUUGGGGGUUGUUCGCUUGUCACGGCGGGGGUUGCGUCUGUGUUCAUGCAUGAGACGAAGGGCCGUUCUUUGGAGGAGAUUGAGGAGACCUUUGGCAAAAUUUCGGCGAUAACUACCGUUUUUCAUAAACCAAAGUCAUCGGUUUGA